UUGCCCCUCUAUCAAUUCACUUGUGCUUUGUUGGCGUUCAUAUCAUGGACCCUCCCCCACUUGCCCCGCUGUUCGCUUUAAUAGCCCUUUAAUUCCGUCCACAUCCUCCUUUCUUGAGCCAUCUUGGAAUAAAAAUAUCAUAUCGAGCAAAAGUCUCCCUGGAAUCGAGCUCAUCUCUUCGAUAUUGUCCGCCUUCUUCCUAGGACCUCAUCCACAGAAUCUUUUCAAGAUGCAUGCACAAACGAGACCAUGUAUCGCGAUAAUUUCAUUUGGAACAAUGGGUGCACCGCUCGCCAGGAUCCUUAUCCAGCAAGGAUAUCGCGUCUUGACAUGCCUUGAAGGGCGCAGCGAAAAGACCAAAGCUCGUGCUGCCAGCGUUGGCGUGGAGAGUCUCUCAAUUUCUGGAAUAGUACAGCAAGCUACUUUGAUACUGUCCAUUGUUCCUCCUGCGGAUGCCAUGAUCACUGCGCAAUCGUUCGCCGAAGCUGUCAAGCAAGUGUCAACGAGCUGCAACCCACUUCCGGCUUAUGUGGAUCUCAAUGCUACUUCUCCCCCUCAAAGUCUUGCAAUUGCAGACGUUAUUACCGCGGCAGGCCUUCGAUACGUCGACGGUGGCAUCAUUGGCUUUCCCCCAUCUGAGCUGGAAGAUGGUACUUGGAAGAAACCCACGGUCCUUAUUUCCGGACCCAAGUUGGCUGAUUGCCUAUCUGGCAAUGAGGAGGCUGCCACUGAACUCGCCACUGUAUUGAAAGUCCGUCAUAUCUCCGAUGCGAUUGGUGCUGCGAGUGGAUUCAAGAAUUGCUUUGCGUCAUAUUAUAAGGGCCAGGUGGCCAUCACACUGCAGGCAUUCACCACUGCGCAGACCUUGGGCUGCUUACCCUUUCUGAGAGAGAUGCUUCACUGGCAUGUCCCCGAGGUGGCUCCUAAGCUCGAGGCGGGUGUACUGAAUAUGCAGCACAAGGCAUUCCGAUGGAUUCAUGAGAUGGAGUCUAUUAGCGAUACUUUUCACUCCAAUGGUCUUUGGAGUCCGGAUCUUUUCAAGGGCGUGGGAGAAGUAUAUCAGGUCGUUGACCAAGAGACGGAUCUUGGCAAGCAUGGGAAAGAUACCGUCGAAGAAGUCAUUUCGGAGAUAUGCGCUGGGCUGGAGAGGCGCAAAUUGAAGGCGGAGUAAUUGAAAUUUUGAAUGGUUGAUCGGUAGCUGCGAAUUUAAGCUGGGACAAGAUACCUUACUUGCUGGAUAUUUUUAUUGGUAACUUUUUAAUUUUUGAGGAUAUAUGGAGAUGAUAUUUUUCUAUAGAUAAAUUUCACAAAUGAGAUAAUACGAGGGAUUGACUAUUUGAAUGUCCUCUUCGGCAUUAUUUUCCUUCCCGAG